CCUACUCAAACACAAAACCACCAACAAGAAAGCACCGCAAAACAAACAAAUCUAGGCACGACUACUUACCGACAACACAUUUCUUGUGUAAGCCCAACCAUGGCUGUCGAAAGCGCCCCAAAUCCUCUCAUCUCAAGCCAGAAAUCGUCAGACACUAGCCUUCAAGUUGCCUUGCACCCCUUGGUCCUUCUCACAAUCUCCGAUUACAUUACAAGACAUACGCUUCGCCAACAGAAAGGACCUAUUGUCGGGGCUCUAUUGGGUCAACAGAAUGGCAGAGAAAUUACCAUUGAGCAUGCAUUUGAUUGUUUGCUCGAGCAGGUUGACGGAGAAGUUGUCCUACACCAAGCCUGGUUUGAAGACAGGUUACAACAAAUGAAGGAUGUACACAAAGUCCCUGCUCUUGACCUUGUCGGCUGGUACACCAUCCUCCCAACCCCUGGACCACAACCAAACCAUCUCCCGAUACACAAACAAAUUUUACAAUCAUACAACGAAUCUGCCAUCCUCCUAGGCUUCCAUCCAACAGCAGUUCUCGAGAAUUCAGCUGGCGGCAAGCUACCUUUGACCAUAUAUGAGAGUAACUUCGAAGCAGAAGAUGUUGCUGUGGAUAAUGGAGAGGACAAGGAGAUGAAGGAUGGCGAGCCGCAACUAGCGUUGAAGUUCAAGGAGCUUCCCUACAGCGUCGAAACAGGAGAAGCUGAGAUGAUCAGUGUGGAUUUUGUUGCCCGAGGAGGAGGUAACGCUACGGCAGUGGAGAGUACAUCCAAGAAGUCAUCAAGCAAGAGCGAACCAGCAGACAAGGGCAAGGGAAAAGCACGAGCAACGACAGGAAAUGAGGACUCGGAAUCGAGCAAGGGCGAUGACCAUCUGUCUCGAGAAGACGAGGAGUUGAUCGCUUCUCUUACAGCCAAGGCAAACGCGAUCAAGAUGUUGCACUCACGGAUCAACUUAAUUGCGGUGUACCUGCAGAACCUACCCCCUUCCUAUAUCUCGAGUACCGUUCCGGAGGGCGCCGAAUUCAGCGACAAGCAGUACACCCCGGUCAGCCACUCGAUCCUUCGCUCGAUCCAGGCGCUGCUCGGCCGCUUGAGCCUCCUCAUCCCAGCAGACAGUGCAGCAUUCGAGCAUGAGCUUAUGUCAGAACAGAACGACGUCAAUCUUGUGUCACUAUUGAGUACCAUCACCGGAAGCAUCAAAGAGGUCAGAGAAACGGGCAGGAAGUUCGCAAUUAUUGACAACCAAAAGGCCAUGAAGUCAAAGAUAGACCGAGGUCAUGGCGGACCGGGAUGGGGAGGAUCGUUCAAUGGAGUUUUGGGCGUCGGGGACCUCAUUUCAUGAGCGAGCUGGGGUUUCGGGUGACAGACACGAUUUGCAUUUUCUGGGCGUCCAAAUGGGUGUGGAUAAUAACGAAUCCGGCGUUAUUUUGCAGCGAUCAUGAGACGACACGAGGUAAUCGAUGACGAAUAGAGCCAUGAUGAGAGAAUGAGA